AUGGCUCUAGGACUUCACAAUGUGUCGUUUCUUUCUCCGUGUCCAGAAGGAGUUCAAUUUCAGCUAAUUUCUUCUGUUUCUUUUUCUCCUCCUCCUUUUUGCCUAAACAAGAAUUAUCUUUCUUCGUCAUUUUCCACAAAAAAAAUAAAUCUUUCUUUGUACCUCAUCCUUUUCCGUUUCUUUUUUACCCCCUCCUUUCUUUUUUUCCUUCUCAUCUUUUCUACGCCGCCUUUUUUUCUUCUUCUCGUUCUUCAUUCUCCCUUUUUCUUUUCUUUUUACUCCUCUGUUUUCAUGUUCAUUUGUACUUUCUUUCUUUGUUCUCUUUCUCCGCCCUCUUCCCUUUUUCUUCUCUUUCUUUGUCACCCUCCUUUUCUUCUCUUUUUUUUCAUUCUCCUUCCUUCUCUUUUUUCAUUCUCCUUUCUUCUUCUCUUUUUUCAUUCUCCUUUCUUCUUCUCUUUUUUCAUUCUCCUUUAUUCUUCUAUUUUUUCAUUCUCCUUUCUUCUUCUCUUUUUUCAUUCUCCUUUCUUCUUCUCUUUUUCAUUCUUCCUUUUUUUUUCAUUCUCCUUUGAGGUAUUCUCUUUUUCAUUCUCCUUUCUUCUUCUUUUUUUUCCUUUAUUCUUCUUUUUUUUCUUUUUCUAA